UUAGUCGUCCUAGUGUAGGGGGAAGGAGAGUGUUAGUUGAACGGCCGUUGGCUGGCGGUGUAUGUCAUCUUAUCAAGUUCUACAGAGGGAUACUGAAACAAGAGUUCACCAUUCAGAAGACCUUGUUCUGGUUCAAGGGUUGAAACGGAGCGAUGACCAACGACAAGACUGCACCCCAGGGUGCAUCACUUCCGGAACUCCCAUCAACCCCCACCGGAAGUUCCAUGUCCGACCUCCAGCUGACUGUCGAGGUUGACAUUGAGCAUGAUGGCGACCCGCGACCCUACCCAUCCCCUCCGCUCUCCGACCUGCCCCCAUCCCCUCCCCUCUCCGACCUGCCUCCAUCACCCCCUCUGUCAGAAUCCCCGGAAAAAGACAGACGCCAGUCCACCUCCUCCAACAUCGGCAAUGGCGUAGACGUCAGCGACAACCCCCGGAUGUAUGAGUGCCUCUCCGACGAGGAGAUCGAAGAGAACUACCUCGGUAACAUCCCGCCACAUCAUCGCCGUCGGCAUGGCGUUGUAAACUGCCCAAGUCCUAUAUCUUCUGAUGGAGCUGACAGUGGUCAAACUUCUCCUGAGGAGCACGUGGAAGAUGAAGGACCAGAGUAUGGUCUCAGACGGAGCAAGCUAGCCAAGCCGAACAGCAGACGGAAUGGGGUGUACCCUAAACGGGUAAGGAUGUCCGUAGAUGAGCCGCACCCUGAGGAAAUACGAGGAGAAAGAGAGGGAAGAAGAGGGUCCACGGAAUCUAACGAUACUGGGGCAUCGUACAGCAACGCCCUCGCUGCGCAUGUCAGGAAGGACUCAAUUGCGAUUGGCUUGGACAAACUGAAUGGCUUCCCAUUUCGGAAGAAGUCACUUCUCGGAUUCAUGAAUCUUCCUCUACCAUCUAAAGUCAAGUUCCAAUCAAAGAAUGGCUUUCUACCUGAGCAUCAGACCAAGAAGGAACUGCUGCUACACUACCGUGUUCAUAUUUUCGUGGCUGUCAUCUUUGUCAUCACAGUGUCGUUCGUAAGUGCAGCUUGGUAUUUCCACGACAAGCAAGUAGAAGACUUAGCGACAACCCAGAAGAUCUUCUUUGAUCCACGAAGCCGUGUUCUGACCCUGAGAGACCAAGUGACGGGAGACGAUCUGACAGGUCAUCUGGCUCAAGAUCUACCAAAAUGGCAGCUUCCCCUCCAUUGCCCUAUCUCAGAGAAGGGCGACCCAAAUGCAAAGGAAUGCAAAUGGAAAAAGAACGCCAUCUUGAGGAUUGGUUACUUCAAAGAAGGAUUGAUUCAAUGUUAUAAUAUUUCAUGGGAGUACAGAAACAAGAAUCAUGUUCCUUUUGAUUGUUUUGACUUGGGAAGCGCAUUUUGGUACGGGUCCUCAAAUAUGACGAAUGAUAUGCUGCCAAUAACAGGCAAGUUUUCCUUUGAUCCGAAUGUGUACCGACUGAAGGGUAAUGGCGUGUUGAGCAACGUUUUGGAAUAUUAUUGGUUGUCGUCUCAAGCUGAGGCUAUCGUUGUCGACUCAAAUGACCCUCUUCACAUAUCAUGGAACGAUACGGUUCCAGGAAAAGUGUGUCUUAUAUCCAACUACACAGAACCGUUUUACAGCUAUACUCAGUCCUUACUCCCACAUCUGAACUAUACAGUGUGCAAUGGCGUGGACAUGGUGGAAACGCACGCUUUCAUGAGGAAAUACUUUCUGUCCCCAUCAGGGCCCCCUUUACCGAGUGGCAAUGUCCUCACGCAUCCUCAUUACUCUGUCCAAGCACGUGACUAUGAUCGUGAUGUCACUGAAACGGAAGUCAUGGCGAUGACGUCAGAAAUAGCUGACAAGGAUUUGAAUUGCAGCACUCUCGAGAUUGAUGGCAAUUGGCAAAAAACACUUGGGGAUCUAGAUUUGGAUCAAGAGAAAUUCGCCAAUAUCACAGCUAUGUUGGAUUCUAUUUCUGCUUCAAAGUGCAAAAUGUCACUUGAAAUCACUCCUUUCUUUCAUUUCAGUUCUGUUAAUUUCAAAGAAGGUGUUGAGAGAGAGUUAUUUGUAAUGGACGCUGGGGGCGUGGUUCCCGGUCUCACGACCCUCGGAGAAGACUUUGCUGGAGUCUUGGAUGUUUCUAACCCAGCGGCCAAAGCCUGGUUUACAGGAAAAGUCAAUAAUUUGGUCUCAAAGUACCAAACCAGUGCAUUUCGAUUCAGCUAUGGCACCAAAGCAUGGAUGCCUUACAAACCACACUUCGAACACAACGAUUUGACUCCAAACAAAAUCCGUCGGUUGUACACUGAAAUGGUUACCUCUAUUAGUCAGAACGUCGUCUUCGAACAGACAUCACAGUCACAACAUGUCGGAGAACUGAUUAGUGUAAGGACAUCCAUCAAGACUUCUGGCGAGAAGACCUGUCUCACCAACACGCUAGCCAGAGCACUAACACUGGGACUCUUAGGAUAUCCUUUUAUUCUUUCAGACGGCUUUGACCUAUAUGACGCUGUAACACAUUCGACAAGCGGAAUGCCUAGCAUGGACUUGUAUAUCAGAUGGAUGCAGUUGUCGGCCUUCUUCCCAGCCGUGAAAUACUCCAUCCCACCUUGGUCUUACGGUAGUGCGUGUGUGCAGGUGGCGAAGAACAUGAGCCAUAUCCACCAGACUCACGUCGUGCCUAUCAUAAACAAUCUGGCCGAUGACAUCAAGAAAGGUUUGCCGAUCAUGAGACCAGUGUGGUGGAUGGAUUCCAACAACGUCACUGCCCAUAGGGUGGCGGAUGAGUUCCUGGUAGGCAACAAACUUCUUGUAGCUCCUGUUGUGUGUGAGGGUACCACCACGAGGGGAAUCUUCUUUCCCAAAGGAAUAUGGUCGGAUCACAAUAAUGGUGGAAGGGUGUUGGUGGGGCCAAAAUAUAUUGAGAAUUACACUGUUGGUCAGUUCCAGAUACCAUAUUUUACACGGAUGCAGCAAUACCCAUGAUCAUCACGGACCUUGCUUGGGAUAGCUGUUGGCAAAGAUGCAAGUUUAGUCGUAGCCAAGUGAUGGACGUUCCAAGUCGUAAGGCCGUUGGUGCAAUUUAUUCUCUUGCAAUGAGGUGGAUCCUUGGAUUCUGAGACGAUUAAAUACUCUUAAAAUCUUCAGGAGACAUACAACACAGCUAUAGACACUACCAGUUCCAGCCCACUAGUCCUUACAAUAAUUACAUAUAGCAAAACCCUU